AUAAAAUGAAAGUGUCUUCAGUAAAGGGAAAGUCAAUUGAGUCUGGUAUCAGGGUCUAUUCUGCUAAGGCUAGAGACCGCAGCAUGGAAGUUAGUUAUGGCAAAUAAGAGCCACAGUCACUCUAAGAUAGCUAAGGGUGCUACUGUACGUCAGCCAACAGUGCAGCCAUCAAUUCCUUCUAAAUAUCAGAGAAUUUUGGUCAAUUCAAAACCUAAGAAUACCAGAUUUCCUAAGAAUUAUGAGCUGAAAAAGUUGUAUAAUACUGCACCAGGUCCUGGGACUUAUAACCACAGGCAGGUAAAGACCCAGCAGAGGUCUCGGAGGACCAAACCUCUCGACCAAUUCGAGCAGGAGGUCAAUCGGUUCCCUGAGGAGGACAUAUUGAAGGCCCAGGAGCCUGGUCCUGCCGAUUAUGAUCCUGAAAAGCCAGAGAAGCAUAAAAUGUGCAUGAGUUUUUAUUAUAAACCAGAGGUGGCUAGGUCGUUAAAUAUGCUUACUAAAUGGACUAAGUACUCCCAAGUUGAUGGCACUACGGGGAGUUACGCUAGACCAAUCACAGUUAAUGUGUACUUUAAGUCAGAAAACCCUCCUCCAGGGUAUUAUGAAACAGAAGGGAGGCCAAAGACCCAAUCUUUUCAAGCUGGCCAUAAGCAUUUAUUCACUUCAAAGUCACGAAGGGAUACGUUCCAGAUUAAAAAUGAGAUCCCUGAUGUUGGUGCAUAUGAGUUUGAGCCGCCUCAAGAGGAUUUGAUCCCCUCAGCAGUCUUCAUAGGUCCAACUGAGCGAAAGAAGGUCAAGAUCAACCUUUAUGAUCCUCAUAAGGAAUUGCAGAAGGAGGCUGGGCCUGGCCCAGCCCAGUACUACAAUGAUGAGGAUAGCCAAGUUAACAAGUCUACACUUGCAGGCUCCACAAUUCCUUCGAGGCACCAGCAAAGGGCAAAAUCCACUAAGGCGAAAAAGAGGCCUAAAGUAUUGAAAUAGCAAAUUUUGCUUGAACAGGGUCCCUGGCACUAUUGGGUACAAUUCUACUAAAGAGAACCAUACAUUUACAAAUGCUUUCCAGGUAUCUAAUACUGACAGGUUUGGACAAGCUAUAGAGCAUAAGAAACCAAGGGAUGAUAAGCCAGCUCCUUGGGCUUAUAAUGCCAAGGUCAUACCUCAUAAGAAGCCUGUUUCUUAUAGCAUGGGACGGAUAAAUAAGAUUAAGCCAAGAGUGAAUAGGUUCAAGGCUCCUGGCCCAGCUUAUUAUAAGCCCCUUGUAGAGCCAAAGUUGACUUCUUACCAUCUGAAUGCACAAAAUCUUUGGAUGUAA